CUACCUGAUUUCAUGGAAACACCACCAAAUCAGCAAUGUAGUGAUUCAUUCGGAAUUCAAUCCAAGGAGUUGAGAAUUGUUUCCACACAGUCUUCAACUGAAGACAUAAAUAAUUCAACUGCUGAAACUUCUGAAUCUUUCCAGAAACCAGCGUCAAAAAUUAAAACUGCUUUGAUGCGAAGUGCUGAAACUAAGCAAAAAAAUCUUGACGUCAAUCACUGUUAUCUACUUUUAACGUUUUUACGUUUAUUUGCGAUGGUGCUUUUGAUUUUAGCCUGGAUGGUUGUUGUAUCAUUUCCUUGUUCACGAUUUAAGUAUCACGUUCCAACGUUCAAUCACGGGAAUUUAGAAAAAAAAGAAGUAAUAAUACCGAUGAAAGAAACGUGCUAUUUGAUGCCUUUCUGGUGGGUACAAGAUCAACAAUUCGCUAAUCACCUCAUAAUCACUACCAAAUACUACGAGGCAUUGAAUUAUACACAAGAAAAUGAGCACAAAUGUUUGGAUUUGCUCGAAAAUUUCGAAUCAAAACAACUUCUUGCGCCUUAUAAGGGACAAAUGUGA